CUCCAAGUGAUAGUUUUUAGUUUCCGCAGCAAGCUAUAUAUACAGACAGCGCUUCAUUCACUGAGGUACACAGUUUUAAUACUGAAAGUAACAUAAAAUAUUUCAACAUCUCAAUGACAGGAGUCAACCCAAUUAAAGUUGACAAUAAGAAGGCAUCGUCUUCAGAUAUAGACAUCGUCACAAAUGCUCAAGAUGUCCGGGGUACUUUUGCAGAGGACAAUAAUAAUGUCUCAGCCGCAUUCGCAAGAAAGCUGGAUUUUCCACUACCGAAGAUUUUCUUAAGCGGGUUCACGCAGAAUAUUAUUGCGGGUCUGGUAUGCUUCUGCUGCCCGGGCAUGUUCAAUGCAAUGCAAGGGUUGGGCAAUGCCGGAGGCAGUGAUCCGUCCGUCUCUGCUGCUAUGAAUGCCGCACUGUAUGGCGCAUUCACUGUUUUCGGAUACUUCGGAGGACUGUUAUUUAAUUUGCUUGGAAACAAAUUGCUCAUGGUCCUUGGUGGUCUCACAUAUUGUUUUUAUGCCAUUUCCGUUUAUCUCUGGGGACAAGAUGACUCGUUUGCCGCCAUGGCUAUUACUGCUUCCGGCAUUCUGGGUAUCGGAGCGGGUUGUCUAUGGACAGCACAGGGCGCUAUGACGCUAUCGUACUCUACUGAAGACAAGAAAGGAAUGUUCACAGCUAUCUUCUGGAUAAUCUUCAAUCUGGGCGGUGUUACUGGCGGUCUCAUUACUUUCUUCAUGAACAUGGGGUCCGAUGGCGCUGCGGGUGUCAACGCAGCAACAUACUUCAUGUUCUGCGGCUUGAUGGUUAUGGGUGCAGUUCUUGCGUUUCUUUUUAUCGUUCACCCGUCAAAGGUCAUCAAGGGGGACGGUCAGCUGGUAGUAUUCGACAAGGCUGCAUCGCCAGUUGAAGAGAUAAAGAGUGUGCUGAAACUAUUCACCAACAGAUACAUGCUUCUAUUAUCUCCUUUGAUCAUCCAAUCGAAUUGGUUUUACACGUACGAGUUUGGCGGUAUCAACGGAAACUUGUUUGAUGCUGAAACCAGAGGUUUAAACAGUGCUAUAUAUUGGGGCAUGCAAAUGAUUGGAGCGUACGUAGUCGGAGCCCUGUUCCUGGACUCCAAAAUGAUGGGACGCAGAAAGCGUGCCAUGUAUGGUUUGCUACUUAUUUCUGGAUUCAAUUUCGCGCAGUGGGGAUAUGCCGCUUGGUAUCAAUUUUCGUAUGGGUACGACAAGGGCAACCAGCCAUCACCUCUAAUUAACUAUAAAGAUGGCGGUGUAUAUUGGGUCCCAGCGGCUUUAUACAUGUGCAUGGGAAUCGCGGAUUCUAUUGUACAAACCUAUGCGUACUGGAUAAUGGGGGCGAUUGCCAAUUCACCACGUGUUCUUUCCCGUUAUGCUGGUUAUUACAAAGGUAUUCAAUCAUUCGGUGCAUGUAUUUCCUGGAUUCUCGAGUGGCAGGGCUUGCUUUACAAAUGGCAGAUGAUCAUUUGCAUAGUGCUGGCUGUAGCUUUCGUGCCGCCUACCUGGAUUGUAGCCACGAUGGUGAAGGAUCACGGAGCAGACGACGACGAAGAGGUUCGAGCCGUAGAGAGUGCUGAAAACGUACUCCGAAAGGAUUAGGAGUAAAUAAAUUAAACUACGAUGGAAGCUAUACUACGGCCCUUAUCUAUGACAGAGGAGGAGGAGGAGGAGGGAGGGGGGCCUUCCAUUGCGGAGCUUAUGAGAUGAUGAUAAUCAGGAAAUGGGAACGUUAGAGGACAUAUUUAGCAACAAAAAAUUAAAAACAAUCUCGACCCCACGAGACUGGAUGCCGUCUGGCGACAGCAUUUUAAAUAGGGC